AGCCCCCUGCCUCCAUGGGGACUGGGUACAACCAUGGGCUUUAUCCCCAGGAUCUUGAGGAGGUUAUUCAAGCCCCAGAUGGCCCUGCCAAGUGCCAUGCAGCAGUGCCCUGGGCUCUGCCUCCAGCCUUGAGCCGGCCACCGGUGGCCCCACGGCUGCCCGUGGCGAGAGUGCUCACCUAGGUUCUCAGAGGCCCGGCACGCAACACGGGCACUCCACCCAGGCCUGGCCCCACUGCUCUGGGCUUUCUGCUGUUCCUAGUUCAACUCCACGUCCAGAAAUGCUCUGAGCAGCCGCUGGCGACGGAGGGCACCCCAGGCCUAUGGGGCCCCCAGCCUUGUCCAGCUCUGCACACAGUCCUGGUCUUACAGGGCCAGCCGCCCCCUAGCCAGGGCAGGUGCCCCUAAAGCUGCCCCUCCACAUACAGGACUGGCCGAGCCCCUGCCCAGAGAAUAGGUCCCUCUCGCCCAGGGUGUCCAGGAGUCACCCUUAGGUUCCAUCCCGGGGGCAGUGGACACCGCCGAGGCCCCAGAAGAGACACCGUUCCAACCCUGCCCCCGUCUGCGGCCCUGUCGGAGCACGGGCUGUGCAGGCGAGCGUAUGGCAGCCCCCGCGCCCCCACCGCCGGACCCCCAGUUCGUUCUGCGCGGCGCCCACUCAGCCGUGCACGCGCUGCACUUCUGCGAUGGAGCCGAGGGACGCCCGCUGCUCCUCUCAGGGUCGCUGCGUGGGCUGGUGCACAUCUGGAGCCUACAGACGCGGAGGCCGCUCACCACCCUGGACGGCCACGGGGGCCAGUGUGUGACCUGGCUGCACACGCUUCCCCGGGGGCCCCAGCUGCUCAGCCAGGGCCGCGACCUACAGCUGUGCGUGUGGGACCUGGCAGAGGGCAGGAAUGCCGUGGUAGACGCCGUGCGCCUGGAGAACAUGGGCUUCUGCAGGGCCUCCGUCCUGGGCGAGGGCCCGCAGCGCUGGAUGGUGGCCGUGCCUGGGAGAGGUAAUGAUGAGGUCCAAGUUCUGGAGCUGCCGUCCAAGACGUCGGUGAGCUGCCUGAAGCCCGAGGCGGGGGCCAGACUGGGCAUGCCCAUGUGCCUGCAGCUCUGGCAGGCCAAGUCCAGCUCCCGCCCGUUGCUUCUGGCCGGCUACGAGGAUGGCUCGCUGGCCCUGUGGGACGUCUCCACGCGGAAGGUGUGCAGCCGCGUCGCCUGCCACUCGGAGCCCAUCAUGGGCCUGGCCUUGGACCCGUGGAGGGCCAGGGGCGUGUCGGGCUCCGCAGAGAAGGCGCUGGCCGUCUGGAGCCUGGAGGGGCAGCAGGCACUGCAGGUGCGCGGGACCCACGAGCUCACCAACCCCGGGAUCGCCGACGUCAAGAUCCGGCCAGACAGCAAGAUCCUGGCCACCGCGGGCUGGGACCACCGUGUCCGCGUGUUUCAGUGGCGGACGAUGCGGCCACUGGCCGUGCUGGCCUUCCACAGCGCCACCGUCCACUGCGUGGCCUUCGACACUGCGGGCCUGCUGGCCGCGGGCUCCGGGGACCAGCGCAUCAGCGUCUGGUCGAUCUACCCGCCCACGUGACUCAGCACGGAGGGGAUGCAGGCACAGAGGCGUGGUCCUGGGCCCCCCGGGUCACUCAGGCCCCCUCCUUCCCGGGGCCAACUCCCCAUCAUGAUGCAGAGCGUGUGGGCCCUGGUGGCUGCUGUUUGCGGCAUAACCAGGCUGGAUGCUGGGCGCCUGCCAGGCAAGAGGCCGUUCUGCGUGCCUGACAAUAAACGUUUGCAGACCUGCAGCUUGGAGGCGUGAAUUCUCCCAGGUGACCCCGCUUCCCUGGGGCGGCAGAGCCAGGGCCAUCCUCAGAGCAUCCCCCGGCAGGUGGCCGGCCACACAGCGGGGUGGGGGUGGGGGUUGUGGUCCCGGGCUCCAAGCCCCCGCAGACAGCCGGAGCUGAGAGCUGAGUGUGCCCCAGCGAGAGGAUGCCAGUGGGGGGUGGGGAGGGGGCCAGGCCUGCAGCGGGGUUCCAGGAGGAGGGCUCAGCCCAGGAGUGAGGCUGAUGGGCAGUUGGCUGCCGUAGGGUAGCCUUUGGGUGUGGGGCGCGGUGGCUGAGCUGGGAAGACGGGGACCCGGGGCAGCUUCUGACCCUCCUCGCCAGGCUGUGGGCUGGGAGGAAGAAGACCCUGGCGCUGGGGGUGGGGGCUGUGGGAGACCCCAGCGGAGUCCAGGCCACAGGCCCCUUGGUCCCACUGGCUUCUUUGUGAAGGACCCCCCGGGCACCUGGUCAGGGAGGAGUGCCCACUUUGUCUGUGGCCUCGGAGGCCUCCUUGAGGGGCGCCCGGGACCCCCACACUGCACUGCGCUUCACCCGGUGGGUCCCGGCGGUGGGCCUGUGGGGGCCGCACUCCAGGGCUGCCUGGCCCUCACUGCGCUUCACCUGGUGGGUCCGGGCGGUGGGCCUGUGGGGGCUGCGCUCCAGGGCGGCCUGGCCCUCACCAGCAUCUGGGGCCCACGUGUGCAUCCAGGUGGCGGGACGCCGUGCUGCGAGGGCAGGGGCCUGCCGGAGGGUCUGGCCUCCAGGUCCCGCGCAGGGCCAGGGGAUGGCGAGCUUCGGCUGGUGGGGUGAGGCAGGGACACAGGUGUGGUUGACAUGCCAGCACUGCGUGGGGCAGCAGCAGGAGGGCCCGAGGAGGUUGGGGGGCUUCAUGUGAGACCGGUCCCCCGCCCCAGAGGAGGCAGCUCCUUGCAGCCCUGAGGGGCACCUGCGUCCUUGGAGAGCUCUGUGAUUAGAUACUGACGAGAGUAGUCACUGAACUUGCAGCCAGCAUUGACACAUUGGGGAAUUCUGCUCUAUCACAGGCAUAAGCUGAUUUAUGAGCGGAGGUGGGGUGUGACGGCAUGGGGAGUUAUCACUGCACAACAUCUAGAUGAUCAGUCUGGAGGGUGAACAACUGACAUUGUUUUUAUUUGGAAAUUUCAAGCAUAGAUCAAAGUGAAGGGGAAAAGCACAGAGCCAGCACCCGGCUUCAGCGUGAGGCCUUGGCCUCCAGUUGUCAGGCCAGCUCUGGAGUUCAUCCGGGGGGCCUGGGCGAGCUGAGGCCAAGGGCCUUCCCUGGGCCACGACCCUGGGCCUCGAUGUGCCUCUCAGCUCAGCUCCUUGGGGAAGGAUGGCAGGAGAUGGUUCUGGGAGUGACUGAGCCCCCGAGCUGCACGGCCGGGCUCAGGGAUGGGAGGGGGGCUGGGGGAACAUGGGGCGGGGGGCGAGGGGCCCGGCCCAGGGCGGGGCUGGGGGACGCCACGGGGCUCCAUGCGCCGUCCCCCAGCCCCGCUGCCCCGUUCCUCCCGGCGUCCAGCGCUGCCCCUUCCAGCCUGGGUGUGGACAUGGUGCCCAGCCGUCCACGCCACCGUCCCCCCUCGUUUGGGCCGGGUCCCGUGGACAGAGGGACCCCGUGGGGCGUCCCUGUCCAUCCGUUUGGCCCUCGUGGUGGACGUGCCCCCUGAGGCCCCCUCCCGCCCAGCUGGCUGUGUGCAGCCCUGAGCGCUGGGCCUGGGCCCCCCGAGCCCAUCCUGGGCCUGCUUUCCCCACAGCAUGGCUGACCCCGUCCUGGUGGACGUCGCUGUCUUCCCCGGCGCACGCAGUACUCGAGCACAGAAGCUCUCUGAGGACGCCGUGACGCUGGAUGUGCCUGGAGGUGUCGCUCUGCCCGGCCCCCUCCCUGGGCCUGGCCCCGAGGGUCGAGGGUGGGAGCCCCACACACAGAGGGGAAGACGCUGGGUGGGCCAGGAGGGUGCGGAGUCAGCAGGACCCCCCGCUCCCAGGGUCAGGGUCAGGGGUCGGCACAGGCUCUGACUGUGGCACUUCAGCAACCUUCCUGGUGGUUUCGGGGACCUUUCUCAGGGUCCCCCCCGGGCCUGCCCCAUAGGCCCCUUCUGCUCCAGAGCCACCGGGACAGGCCAGGCUCUGCUUUCAGAGGGGCCCUCUCCUGGGGGUCCUGAGCCCACACCCCACUGGAGCCCGCAGCUGGACGGCCUGCCUCAUGGCAAGUCUGGGCCCCUGGGCACAGGGGGCUGGCGGGGGCUGGGUGGACCCGGCCUGGUGGGCACACAGCCAAGAGAGGGGCUCCCGUGGGAGGGACACGCGUCCAUCCAGCUGCGUACCAGGCAGGCCACAGGGCUCAGAACGCCGGGCCGCGCUGUGAGCUGACCCCGACCCUGUGCCCCCAAGAUUCCUGUGCCUGCAGGGGGCUGGCCUCCACCUGCCUAGGGUGACAACCGGCAGGCGUCUCCAGACACGAAACGACCCUGGGAAAAACUGUCGGUUUACAGACUCGUGAGGACUGACUUGGGCUUCCCAGGGGGCGCGGUGGUAAAGAACCUGCCGGCCGAAGCAGGAGACUCGGGUUUGAUCCCUGGGUCGGGAAGCUCCCCUGGAGGAGGGCUUGGCAACCCACGGCUGUAUUCUUGCCUGGAGAGUCCCAUGGACGGAGGAGCCUGGCAGGCUGCAGUCCACGGGGUCGCAGAAGAAUCAGACACGACUGAGUGUGCACACAUGGAUGAGGACUUACUUGAUCGAGAUGAAUAGCAUGGUUUUAAUAGACUGUGAAUAACCCAGGGGUUAUAAAUUGUUAAACAUACAUAAAUACACUUAAAAGUUUCUGGCAUCUUGGCUGUUUUUUGGUGCACGGCUCGGCGGCAUCAGGGACCCACACGGGGACCUGCAGUGGUCAGCACACACAUCUCCAGAGCUUUCCGUCUUCCCAAACUGACGCUCUGCCCCGUCCCCGUCCC